AUGCCAAAAAACAGCCGCUGCAACGCGAUUUUUCAGGUUCUCGCUCGUCAGCCACUUUGGAAUGAUCUUCUGACAACCUUCAGUCAGAAAAAUGUUAUAGUUGAAGGACCGAUCAAUAAUCUCAAAUCGGUUCAAAUUACCUUGCCGAAGCCGAAACCACAACGGAGCAAUCCAGCGUACCCGACUGACCGUUACGGCAUCCAGCGGGCUACAUAUACACUUCGCGAAUAUCGGGGUGGAUACUCAAGAGACGCUCCACCAAUGGAUCCUCACUCGGCGAUAUCAGCCCAAUCUUUACGUCAUGCGGCUAAUCUACCUGUUCCUCUUCAUAUGCUUCAUAUGUUCCCUCCACCACCGUUUCCGCAACCGCCCCAGCAACGAAUGCCACCUGGGCGUCGCAACAACUCUGCAUGGCCGCCUACACCACAGUCUCUCGGCGGUCCUUCAGCCCGUAUGGGUCAGUCACAGGGAGAUUACGGAGGAAUGUAUGCUUCACAGGUGGGUUUUGUUCUUUUUACUUUUCUUGAAAAGAGAAAGAAAAGAAGUUCUUAA